CCUAAUUUCUGAGCAACGCAGGAAGAAGAAGAAGAAGAAGAUGAUCAUUCCAGUGCGUUGCUUCACCUGCGGAAAGGUUAUUGGAAACAAAUGGGACACUUAUCUUGACCUUCUGCAAGCUGAUUAUCCUGAAGGAGAUGCACUUGAUGCAUUGGGGUUGGUUCGUUACUGCUGCAGGCGCAUGCUUAUGACUCACGUUGAUCUCAUUGAGAAGCUGCUCAACUACAAUACUUUGGAGAAAUCGGAUAACAGUUGAGGAAGCUUAGGAUGGUGUAAAAAAACUACGUAGCAAGCAGCUGGAAGUUGGUGAUAUUACUUUCGUGGUUAGUGUCCGAGUGUGUAUGGAUUAGGCCUAAUAGGAUAAUUUGGAUUGAUGGAAAUGCUUUUGGAACGUGGUUGUUAUAUGUAUGCUCCUACUCCUCGUUAGGUUUAUGCUGUUGGAAUAUAUAUGAUCCUCUGAAUUAGAAUGAUAGACUAGUUGCUUGUGUGUU